AUGGCGAACCCAAAUGCCGCACCCGGGCCGGUGCCGGCCGCCAAGGCCGAGUCGAGCACCUUCUACCGCUCCUGCGAAAUCAGCCUCAUGGAGCCCGUGGGCAGCAUGAGCAUCAGCCCCGCAAACAGGGAUGUCGUCCUCGCAGCGAGAAAGGGCCUCUUUAUCCUCGAUCUCGACGACCCCUACGUGCCGCCCCGCUUCCUCGCCCACAUGACCACCUGGGAGGCCGUCGACAUCCAGUGGAACCCGCACCCCGCUAGGAGCAACUGGGUUGCGAGCACCUCGAACCAGAAGCUCCUUGUAUGGAACCUCGACCGCCCCGGCGAUCCGCGCGCGGCUGCCGCUGCAACACCCUCGGGCGUCGGCCCGCUCCUGUCGCGUCUACCUCUCCAGUCUAGCUACCCGCCCAUGGCCAGCUCCAGCCCGUUGACCUCAAGGCUCAGUGCGCAGCAUCAGGCCGCCUUUGUCCCCGUCGUCAGGAGCGCCAACUCGGGCACCGCGGCCAGCACCGGCCUUGGCCACAUGUCGACCAACUCACCCUUUGCCCAGACCCUCGCCCACAGCUCCACCGCCUCGCAUUUCGGCGGCGGCGGCACCUCGGUUCCCCGCAGCUCGGCCAUUGAGCACAUUCUCCACGCCCACACCCGUGCCAUCACCGACAUCAACUGGUCCGCCUUCCACCCCGAGGUGCUCGCCAGCUGCAGCCUAGACACCUGGACCUGGGUUUGGGACCUGCGCAUGAGCAGCGCCUCGGCCGACUCUGGUCGCAGAAAGCCCGCCCAGGGCUACAGCGCCUGGAACGCCGCCGUCACUCAGGUCAAGUUCAACCGCGCCUCGGAGCACCGCCUCGCCUCGACGUGCGACAACAAGGUCCUCAUCUGGGACGACCGCAAGGGCUCCCUCCCGCUCGCCACCAUCGAGGCGCACGAGUCCAAGAUCUACUCGAUCGACUGGAGCCGCGACACCUCGCUCGGCCUCGAUCGUCUCAUCACCUGCUCCCUCGACCGCACCGUCAAGUUCUGGGACCUGUCGUCCGAGUCGGCGCAGCGGGCCAUUGGCGCCCGCGAGCUCAUCACCGAGGCCGAAAGCGUCAUCGAGACCAACACGCCCGUCUGGCGAGCCAGGCACCUGCCCUUUGGCAACGGUGUCAUGACGUUGCCCCAGCGCGGCGACUGCUCUCUCAGCAUGUGGGCCAAGGACCAUCCCGAGGCGCCCAUGGCCACGUUCGAGGGCCACACCGACAUCGUCAAGGAGUACCUCUUUCGCACAAAGGGCGGCCAGAACCGCGAUUGCGACGAUCGCCGCUUCCAGCUCAUCACCUGGAGCAAGGACCAGACGCUCCGUCUGUGGCCCGUCAGCGAGGAGCAGACACGGUCCGUCGGCCACAAGCCCGGAGCGCCAAUCCGCGUACUUAACACGCGCGCCUACGCACCCGACAUCUCGUACAGAGACCCACCCCAGAUCAGCGCCAUUGUGCCAGACGACCGCGCACUGCACGACAGCGGGGACCUCGGAUCGACCAGCAGCGUCACCGUGUCCUCGAUCAUGCCACCGGAGAAGGUCACCCGCUCGCUGCUCAGUGGUAGGGGCGCGGGGGGUGGAGGAGGCGGCGGAACAGGUGGUAGCAGCCGGAUCAACGGCACGUCACCCUACAGCUCAUCGCAGUCGGGCUUCCAGAACAUUAUCCGCGACGGGCGGGCAAGCCCUGUGGCUGCGUUCAGCUCGAGCUUCGGGCAGCGGCCCCUCGAUCGGCGUGUCGUCCACCACAGCUCGAGCCAGAGCAGCCUCCGAGGCGAUCUGGCCGCUGCGAGGCGACAGGGAGAGAUGCUACCGAGGUCGCUGGGUCGGGCAGAACUCUAUGGCAGGAGUCUGACCGGCCUCCCGGGAAGCUCGCUACCGAGAGGCAUCCCGGCGGCGGCAGCAGCAGCAGCCGCAGCCGACUCUGCGCACAAUCCGAGCAAGGCUGGCACAUCGUUCCGCAGCGCCCGGCUGCCGGCGUCCAACAAGAGUGGCAGCAGCUUCAAGCUGCCUGACGGCCUCCGCGAGGGUGCCGUGUCGAAGAUUCCAGCGGGUGUUUCGGCGCGCAAGAUGCGACCUGGGCGCUCGCAUCCGAUCCAGGAAGAGGCUGACGAGGCCGGCCACCACAAGCACAGCAGGUUGAAGGACAAGCAGCGGGAGCGCGACCACACGCUUGCCAAGGACGCCGACCCCACUAGCCGACGCAAGAAAACGGGCCGCAGGGCGCUGGGCGCCCCCAUGCGUCUGGACCGCGCCCGCCUGGCUGGACCGGCGGUGGACCCGAUCGGCUGGAUCGCCAACGUGCGCAUCCAGAAGGACUCGGGCGAAGACAGUAAGCAGGUCUCGGACGAUGCCACCAACGGCCGCGGCUCGGGCCUGGACAUGAGCCGCCAGCCAUCGGGCAUGGGGACGGGUGCCUCGGCGGGCGAGACGGACCGCGAGGACGGCCUGAGCUCGCAGCGGCUGGGCGACGAGAUUGUCGCGCUGAGCCGCAAGCUGCCGCGCAUAUUAUUUGAAAAGGCCGAGGUUGCGCAGAGAACGUGCACGCUGUCGAUGUACGGCCCCUGGGCGGAUCGCGAGCCGGCCUUUCUGCGCAUCACGAUCGUCUUCCCCAGGGCCUACCCGCGGCUGCCGCCGAGCUUCGACCUGGAAAGGAGCGCCAACAUCACGCUCAAGACGCGGGCGUACCUGCUGCGAGGGCUGUCGCGGCUCGCCAAGCAGUCGGCCCAGCUGGAGCGGCCAUGCAUCGAGCUGUGCUGCCGGUUCCUGCUGGGCGAGCCCGUCAAGCUGCUGGACGGCGACGAUGGCGAGGGCGGCAAUGCCAGCCACCGCGCGCUCUCGGUGGGCAGCAUCACCGACAGCGAAGACGACAUGGGGCCGGUGCGGCCACGCAUGAAGAUGCCAGCACGGCGGAUGGGCGCCAGCUUCGGCCCACACGGCGAGCUGGUCGUCUUUGGACAGCGGCCGAUCAACGACACCUCGCCGGGCAGCCGAUCUUCGUCGCGGGCGCGGCACCAUGCGGAGGUCGAGAGGGACAAGGAUCUGCGCCGGUCGUCGGUGGCUCCCUCGCGAUCGCGGUCCAAGUCGCGCCCGCGCGUCCGGGAGAUGUCGCGGAUCCCGAGCGAGAUGGAGGAGUCGCGCUUCCUGCGGUCCUACACUGCGCUGUCGAGCGCCAUGUCGUCGCUGGCGCGCUACUCGAAGGAGGGCAAUGGCGGCGACGGCGGCGGCGACCACGGGCUGAGGGACUCGGACGUGGUGCAGCUGAUGAGCUCAGACUUUUUCGCCAGGCGCCUGCUCUCGCGAGGCGGGACGCGGCGCAGCUCGCAGGAGCGCUCGAGGGAGACGAGCAUCCACAGCGGCGGCGAGGAGCCUCGCCGCCCAUCUCUGGCGGGUCUGACACCGUUGACAGCAGCAGCGGCACCGUCGAGCGAAAAGGGCAGCGAGACGGCGGCAUCGGCGGCGGUCGCCGCGCCUUUGCAGGCCAUCGACCGGCUGCACGAGCGCCACCACGCCAGCGAAGGAUCGUCGUCGAUGGUGCGCAUCUACUAUCCGUUCGUCGGGCGUGCCGACGAGGCGCCUUCGUUCCACUCGUCAUCGUCGGCGGCGGCGGCAGCAGCAGCAGCGGAGACCAGGAUGGCGAUCAAGCCGCCGCCGUUUUUGCGGAAGAGGAGCAACUCGCUGCCCUGUUCGCCGCACUCGCCGCGGACCUCGAGUCCACUGCGCGAGGCAGCGUGGCAGGCGCCGGGACCGGCAGGGCAAGAUGGCCGAUAUCAUGGCCCGAACCGCCGUCAUCGCCACCACGCGGCCGACUCGACGACGGCGACGGCGACAGCGACGCCUUCGCCCACCGGCAGCAUGAGGAGGACGACGGCGAGAUUCUCCACCCUCGUCGGCGGCACGGCUAGGGAUGACUUGCACUUGCCGUGA